GUUGCUGGUAAUCUGUGUUUGCUGUUCUUCCUGUUGCUCGAUGGGCACCUCAAUCUAUUCUCUGCAAGCUCCUCAACUCUUAGCCAGGGAAGUAUAUGGAAGUACAGGUACUCAUCUCUAAUCUUUGUCUCCUUGCCCGGCCAUGGCUCCAAACUGCGGUCGAGGCCGGCGAUCGAGCUGAUCAUUAUACGGGGGCAUCAAUGCAUAUAAAUAUAGGUCCACUCCAGUACAAGCACAUAUCUACAGUUUCACUGUCCUUCAUCAGAACUCUACUGGCCUCCUCAUCGCUGCUCAACUUCUCGCUCUUCUCAAUGGUGCAACUUUGCAACAAAUUCUCAUUGUCCAGACCCAGAUUAGAUUUGGCCCAAGGAAGCAGGAGUUGGUGUUCUGUUGAGCUACAAGGGCUUGAUGGCAUCAUAAGCGGUGCGACAAUUCCUUUGUAUAAAGCCUCACGAACGUGUUUGUGAAUUUCAGCAACAGACUCUAUAUCGAUGAUUUGCUUCCCAUCAUAGCUCAUGUCGACUUCAAGUACAGGGUUUGAAGUUAGCCCACCACCAAUGCAUAUAGUUGACACAAAACCCAUGGCGAAACAAGCUAAGGUUCUUUGAGCUAUGGCUUUCCCGAACAGUGUGGCCUUAGUCCAGUAAGUAAUGGCAAGUGCAACUGAAAAAGGUACUCCUUCCGAUAAUCCUACAAUCAACAAAGGCAGAUACGUCGCCACACUAAUGCCGCCAAAUGAUCUCAUGAAAAAUCUGCCAAUGACAUGGAUUAGCUCCUCGCUUGCAACUAUUUUACCCUUGAGCUGAUCAGCUUGGAGGCCAGGGUACUCAUUAUCCUUCAAAACCAGGGAACGGAUGAAUAGCACUAGAGUCGUCAAAAUUGUGAUCAAGUGUCCAACAUUCUGCAACCUUGUGCUCAACUUAUCCAUUUGAGCUAGUAAUUGGUCCUGGUUAGGAGCACAUCUCACUUGCCCCAUCAACUCACCUAAUGUUGUCCCCAUCCCCACACAAGUAACCAACAUGCGACCAUUACCAUUUAUCACCCUUGCACCAUAAACCAGAAAAGGAUUGUUAUCAUCCACGGUUGGAAAAUCCAUACCAUCUUCCAACAGUAAUGAUUCACCAGUGAAAACGAACAAACCAUCAGCAGGAACUAGAGAUCCCAAUUCCAAGCAUACUAUGUCACCUGGCACCACAUCCGAUGGGAAAACAUGAAGCAGGUUUCCUCCUCUACGAACCUUAACUUCCAUUUGUCUAGCAGUAAUCCUGGAACGUGGCACGAAGAAAUACUUGCGCAUUGUAGACACAACCACAAACAUGAUGAUCGCAAACGCUCCAACAGCUCCUUCAAGCCAACCGCUACUUGGGCCUUCUUGUUGGAUACCAAACACAAUUAACAGGAUCACAGACACCAGGAGAAGGAGAAAGGUCCAAUUGAAGCAAGAUCGUAGGAGAAGGUUGAAGAAGCUUGGAGUUGGAGCUUGUGUUGUUGAGACUACUGCACUGUGUUGAUCAUGAAGAUUUUGUCCGUCACCUGGGAUUCCGUUGUGCAAAUCUGUACCGAGUGCCUCUGCAAUUCCUUCGAUGCCUCCAAACUUCUGUAAGGUAGCAAAGUCCUUGUCUCUUACUAUCUUGGAUAUAUUUGCAUGCUGGAUCUUAGCCUCAUUGAUAGCAAUAUCAUCCUCAAUCUUUAGAUUCACUUGGUCAGAAACAGUAGCGCUACUAGCGAUGGCACAAUCAUCUUCCACGCUCAAACUUGAUACUUCUUCAGAAAGGUGAGGUGCACGUGCAAGGUGCGCAGUAUACGUUUUUGUAAGUUCCUGUUCCUGCUAAAAUCAAGUAGCAUUAAUAAUUUAAACAAGAAUAUGAAUAGAGAUCGAUAUAAUUAAUUAAUUACCUACACUUUGUUAAGCGUUAGAAUCAAUAUAUCUUGCAUUAGUUAUGGGCAUGAAACUAUAGGGUACCGGUACUGAUCAUGUACGUUCCUCUAUACUAGUGAUAUUAAUUGUAGGGAUUUGUAGCUAUUAGAUCCAACUGAAAACUGCGUAUAUCCUCAAAUUAAGUAAUACUACCUUGAAACACUAGUGUUUCCUAAUUACUUAAUUUAUUAGGGAGCUAAAACACAGAAGGAACUUCCCAAAUCCGAACCCUUUAGGCCGGGUUGUUACUUAGACACUCAAAUUGCGAAACUUUCAACACAAACCAACUAUCGUGAACAAUCGCUUGCACCUCAGGAUAUAACAUAUAAAAGUAAUAAUUAUGAAAUAGAAAAAAAAAUAAGAGGAAAAAAGAAAAUUGCUUUUUUAAAGAAAAUAUAAAAUCGAUUUUUAAUAGAAAAA